CGAAGGCCCCAGCGAGGCAGUGACGAACCUCCUGCCCCCAGAGUCGUCGGCCAGGCUGUUGCGCCUCUCCCACUUUUCUUCGGCCUAACAGCCGCUUCGGCUCGUGACACGCCUACAACUACUAACGCCUCUCUUGAACUCCGCUCUCCGACCCGCGCCAAUUUUCUCGCGAGACGCCGAUUUUGCCCCACAUCACUUCCGCAGUCCAGGUCCUCCGACCCACGCGCGUGGCCGGUAACCCAGGGCAACGGCCGCCUCCGCCCAUAGCUUCAGCAGAUUAGGGGCGGGCCUGCUCAGUCCUGCUAGUCCUGUCUCGGCCAGUCAGGCCUCACCCCACCCCGCCCAACUUGGCCUGAAUCAGCCUCCCAUGUGGCUGUGAGGCGGUGUAGGCGGUUUCCCCGCCCCCCCGGGGCGGGAAGCAAGGGACCAAGCACCGGCCCGAAGUGGGCGGAUCACCCAAGCUGGGGCUAAAGAAGGAAGGAAGUCCUGCUCUGCACAGCUGUUAAAUUGAUUUUCCUAAGGCAUAGGCAUGACCAUGUCACCCUUCUACUCAAUUUCAUUCAUCUCCAUUGCUGUCACAUGUGGAAAGAUUUAAGUGCUGCUGAACAAAUUUGAACCAUCCAAGGCUAAAAAUUUUAAGAAAUUGAAACCAUGAUGAAUUUAUGUCAAAAAAACCAAAGGGAUUCAGCACAUGGUAAUGAAAUUUACAAGACGGAAGGAAGCCAAAAACUCAAAUGUAUGAAUCCAGAUGGAAAAAGAGAAAAGAAUCAUGUUUAUUGUCUUCUUGAUAUAAGUGACAAUAUACUUGAGCAAGAGCAAAAUAUAAGAUCCAAGGAGUUUUUUAUUGGCACCGGAUGGGAAGAAGCAGUACAAGGCUGGGGUAUGGCUUCUCCAACUGCUUGCAUUUGGCCAAGAAAGAAAUGCAAAAAAACAAAGGCAGGAGAAUGUGUUAGCAGCUGCUUGCUUUGUUUAAAUAUGUUACAAGUUACUGACAAAAAUUUGUUGCCUGAGCCCAGGCCUUUUACUGAGUCAGUCAAGCCCGAGGUGAAACCGCAAGCCAGCACACCAGUUCCUGCGGUGACAGGAAAGGAAGAGGUCCGUCCUCCAAGCCAGGAAGCAGCCAGCUGCUCAGAAAGUCUAUCCAAGGAAGUCAACAAAAUCUCAUUCCCACCCCCUACCCAGGGGGAACGGAAGAGCCUGCAAGUGAAGGAGUUUGUUUGGCACCCAGGGAAGUGGUUAACACCAGACAGUUUCAAGGAUGUUAAAAGGCUAGAAAAUACAGGUGUCCACCUAGACAAAGACAUCACUACUUUGGAGUCUCUGAAUUCCAAGUCUCUCUUAGUUUUGCCUCCCCUCAAAACAUCUUCCAAAAAUAACUUGGAUGUCAUUGUAAAGAAGAGUAAAGGCAUUUUCACUCAUUCAGAAGAGAAACUGCAAAGUUCAGAAAAAGCUGAGAAUAUUUCCUCUAUUUAUGGGAACAAGACUUUUGAUCACAAAGGAGAAAAGAGAAUUGUUGAAACAAUAAGGGGUUCCAUGGACAAGCAUCUUAAGUUUAAUGAUGGACCUUCUUUUUCUUCAAAAAUUACAAGGACUUUGUUUCCUGAGCCUGAGCGCUGCUGUUUGCACUGGUCCUUCCUGCCGGAGAAAGAUUUGGCACCCAGCCCUAAUUCAGUUAAUUCUAAAAAGUUUAGUCAUCUCACUACCUUGCGGCUAAUGGAAAAACAGGGAAUGCAGAAUGGUAAAGUCAAAAUCAGAAAUGAGUUAAGACCUCCAGUUAAUAUCAGAAAGCGAAAUUUCCUUGAGGCUAAGCGAGAAAGCCAGUCUAAAACUCUGGAGGCCAAGGUUUUUUCAGGUCCUAUGUUGCCAUCUCUAACUGUGAACAGAGUUGUAAUCCCCAUGUUGCCUCAUAGACUCCUAUAAUUUUUUUUUUUAUAUUCUGAUAUCCUGGAUACAAACUUUUUUUGAAAAAUUUUUUCCUCUAGAGCCUGAGGAAACUGAAGGUCUACUGUUUGUGUUUUAUUCUUGUGCUUAGAAACAAUGUGUAUUUGUUACCUACUGGAAAUCCUGCUUAGGUAUUUGCAAACUGUAAACUGAUGAUUCCAGGUUGGAAAUUCUUCUGACUACCCUUGGCAAGCCCAAUGAGAGCAAAAUGGAUAAUAUUUCAGAGUGAAUGCAAAGGAUUGUCUGUUUUUACUAGUGUUGGUUCAGGUUGUCUCUGCAGGGCCAUUUUCCUGUGUUUACCAGUACCAUAAUCUGAUUUUACUGGAAGAGUUUAGACUAAACUUGAGUCUUCUCUUCAUAGUGAUCUCCUUCCUUAGCUAACUCUGAGACUCCCUCCUUCUGUUUUCUCCUGUGAUGAAUUAGAAGAGAGGGUUCAGUUUAAAGAAUAAAUAGAGUAUUUUCUUCCCCUCCUUUUUAAGGAGCUUUGUGAUGGUGAGGGUGGAUAGGAGGGGAAUAUAUGCAAAUGACUGGCAAAAAGUGCCAGUUUAUUCUAAAUGGGAAUAUAUGAAUUUGUAGCUUAGUUUUCAUCUCCAUGUAUGUGUACUAUUUUUUUUUAUUUUCACCACUCUUACAAUUUGGAUGUUGAAUAUAUUUUAGUUAGAGACCAUUUUUCCUCAUGUUGUAAGAGGCAGAAAAAAAAAUGGAGGCUGAUAUAAUUGUAAAUUCAGGUUGCUGCUUUGCUUUUGAGUUGUCCUUACUGUACUAUAAGAUUUCAAACAUCAUUUUAAUAGAAAAGUCCAUCCUAUAAUAAAGUAAAUAGAUUUAUAGAAUGUAUCAUUAUCCAUUGCAGUAUUACAUUUUUCCUUAGUAUUCAGAAGGUUCUAACUACUACAGAAUUAAAAUAGAGAAAAAACAUUUAAGUUACUCAUCAAUGUUUCUCCAUUCCUUAGCCCUUCACAGCACUAACAGAGAGAAUUCCUUAAUCCCCAGAUUAUAUGAGACUGGCUAACUGGAAUUUGGGCCCUAUCUUUUCCUUUCUGUGUCACUUCUGUAACACAUAUAGACCUAUUGCAUUUUAUUCAACACAGAUUUCCUACAAAUCAAUGUAUUUGUACAUUGAAAAAUGAAAAAUUAUGUUUUUUCAUUGUACCAAGUGACCUUUCUCCUUAGAAUAAUAGUGGUGAAUUUUUUUUUUGUAAAGUGGAUAGUCAGUCAGUAAUUCCUAUGGAUUAUAAAUCUAUAUUUUCUUAUGUUAUAUUUUGUUUGAGACAAGUCACUCCUCUGUUUUCUAUCCUUCUUUGUUUCUGUUAGCACAUGGAACCUCAUGCCAGAAGGGAGCCAUACAGUCUGUUAGUCUGGUAAGACCACUGAGAUUACCUAUUACUGCUCAGUUGGUUAUAAAAUCUCUAUUAUAGAAUCUCUGUCUACAAGAAACUAAUAGAGCAGAGUGUUAUUUUCUGGAGGACCUGUAAUGAAUCAUUGCUGAUUAUUAUUUUUUAAUACUUUUUCCAACUACGUCUUUUUUCUAUGUAGCAUAAGAUGUUCAUGUGAUAUAAUUGCAAACUAUGGUACAAAGCACCUUAUUAUAACUACACAAUCACUUUGUAUUUAACAGAAGUCUAAAUGUGACCCUAAUUAACUUAAAAUAAUAUAGAAAUCCAGUAUUGCUAUUGAUUUUUAUAACAGUUAUUUCACAUUUUAUUGAAUCUUGCAGAGAGUAUCUAUAAACUUGAAUUCCAGAAUUAUAAUAUUAUGUGAUAGUUAUUUUUUCACUGACAAAGGAAAUAGAAUAUUAUUUGCCAGAAUACAAAUAUUAGUUGUAGAAGAAAGGACACUGCACUGACAAUCAGGAAACCAAUCUAGUUUCUUUUAACUACUACAGAAUUCAAAUUGAGAAGUGACUCAUCAAUGUUUCCCCAUUCCUUAGCCCCUCACAGAACUGAUAGAUAGGACUCCUUAACCUCCCAACUCCUCCCCAUCUCUGAUUAUACAAGCCUGACUAACUGGAAUUUGGGCCCUGCCUUUUCCCUUCUAUGUCGCUUCUUCUGUAACACAUAUAGAUCUAUUGCACUUUACACAGGACCCAUGUAGUUUCUUCUGUUUACUAGCUGUUUCUUUUUAGACAAGUCAAUUACUCAUUUAAAACCCAGUUUUCUCACCCAUAAGAUGGGGUUAUAACAGAUAUCUCUGAGUGUUCGUUUAGUUCUAAAACAUUGUUAUCUAAGUUAUAAUUAUCUCUUUUUUUUUUUAAUUUGGAGGAAUGAUCUGGUCCAAAUGAAUUAAAUUUGUUAACCUUGCGGGUUUAUGCCUUCUAAUUAAAAGAAUUAUAGAAUGUUAGUGCCCAGAGGGAAUUUAGAGACCAUCUUCCCCCAAUCUCCUAAUUUAACAAAUUGGGAAACUGAGACUGAGCUCAGGUAAGUGACUUAUCCAAAAAGUAUACAGCUAAUUAGUGGCAGAAUCAAGAUAAAAACAUAUUAGACUUCCAAUCUUGUGCUGCUCUUACUUAUUCAGACUAAUUGGAAAAGCCAGUAUGAAUUAGUGAAGGAUAAAAUUAUAGAAUACUUUUUUUAAAAAAAAGAAAAGUAAUUUUAU